AUGUACGUCCGAGCGAUUCCGACGACGGAUGUGAAUCGGAACACGGAGUGGUUCACGUAUCCUGGAGUCUGGACCACUUAUAUUCUCAUCCUCUUCUUCUCUUGGCUCCUCGUUCUCUCCGUCUUCCACUGCUCCCCUGGCAUCGCCUGGACCAUCGUCCACCUCGCCCAUUUCACCGUCACGUAUCAUUCAUUUCACUGGAAGAAGGGAACUCCGUUUGGGGAUGAUCAAGGAAUCUACAAUAGGUUGACUUGGUGGGAACAGAUUGACAAUGGAAAGCAGCUCACACGGAACAGGAAGUUUCUCACUGUUGUUCCCGUUGUCUUAUCCAUGUUAGGUUUACAAUGA